GUAACUUUGUUAGUACUUGGUACUUUUUUUUCCUGUGUUGUGCCUACUAGAAUUAGAUAGCAUUAGUAGAAUGCUAUAAGCUGUUUACUGAGGCUUCCCAAAAAUGAUUGCAACUUUCUAGUGGUAACCCAAAGAGAAGGGGACAGUUCUGUCAUAGCAGGAGAAAAUACAGGGAGAAUUUAGUAACUUCCGAAUACAAUAAUAGAAAAGAUAAGACACCACACUAGUAGUACAUGUUCCUCUGUUCUUAGUGUCCUGCAAUCAUUCCUAGGAACCGGCUAAUAAGAGAACAGAGUGAAAAGCUCCAAACCGAAUCUCUCUCUAUCUACACUUCCUUUCUCUCUCUAGCUUAGUCCCUCACUAAUUCCUUUACCUCCAAAAUUGUCAAAGACCCACUAGGAACAAACAACAAUGGAAGAAAGGAAGUCGAUUCCAGCAGUUGCUUGUGUGGCGAUGAUGAUGAUUUCGCUUGCAGGAUCGGCAGCCGCUUACAAGAACUACACGGUGGGUGAUUCUCUGGGUUGGUAUGAUCUCUCCGAGAAACCCACCGCCGAUUACCAGAAAUGGGCCGAUUCCCACAACUUCAGCUUGGGUGAUUUCCUCAUUUUCAACACGAACACCAACCACUCGGUGAUCCAGACGUCCAACCUGACCACCUACCAGCAGUGCGACUACGACAACUCCCUCGAAGCCGACACCACCCAAUGGUCCUCCGGCGACCCUUCCAACACCGCCACCGCCCCCGUCACCGUCGCCGUCCCGCUCCUCAAGGAAGGCCCCGCCUUCUUCUUCUCCGGCGACUACGACGGCGACCAGUGCCGCGGCGGGCAGCGUUUCAAGAUCCCCUCCGUCGCCCACGGCCAGGGCCUGCCGGACGGUCUCAAGCCGCCGUCGGAGCAGGCCCCGGCACCCAACAGCGACGACGUCGACAAUGAGGAUUCUGCGCCGGACACCACCGUCCCGGCCGAUUUCAGCCACCCUAAGGGAGGGCCGGGGAGCGGCGGGAGCGACGCGGCCGUCGGCGGCGGUGAUGAUGAUAGUGGUGAUGAUGACAAGGAGAAGUCAGCCAAGUCGUCGUUGAAGAACUCCGGCGAGCGCUUUGCCGUUUCGCCGUUGAAAUUGGUGGUGAGUGGGAUCUGUGUUUUGUUGGUCUUGCUAGUUAUUACGAUCGACGAUUCAAUGAUAUAAAUACUCACUAGUUAUUAUUACAAUCGACAUCAAUAUAUAUAUAUAAUAGCGAAAUAAGAAUAUUGAUCGCUUCCGAAGCAGCAUGAUAGUCGAAUUCAUUUUUGUCUUUCUUCACUCUUUUUAUUGUUGUUGAUGUGGGCGGUUCUAUAAGAGAGAUUGUUGCUAUUCGUUUAUUGUUUUGGGAUGUCUAGAAGAUAAAGAAGAAGAGAUUAUCAUGAUAACGGUUGUGGGGAAAGUAAUAGGAUGAAUGCUUUCCAUAUUUGAUUUUUGUGGUGGUGAGUUUGAUCCUUUUUUGUAUCUUGAACGUUCUCGCUUCAAUCAUAAUCGAUCGCGGUAGCUAUGCAAUGUUGGAAUAUAUCUUGAAAAAGUUACUAACUUACUAUGGCCACAUGUUUAUAAGCGGAUUGGUUGAUGUAAUUAACGCGAUGGUUGCAUGAAGAUAUAUAAUUUGGUUGUUGGCUCUUCAAAAAGAUCACUGAAAUGUGCAGGAGGAUGAGUUGAUUGUGAGAUCAUUGAUCUUCCUUUUACAUCAAUUAGGAAAACAACAGAAAUUAGCUGAAAUCAGUUAAAUAAUUUUAAUUAGUUUUUUUUUUAUUGUUUUCAAAAGUUGUUAGAUCGUAUUAGUUGUUUGAAUAAUUUCAAUCAGAGAAUUCUAUGAUCAAAUCUCACUAACCCACUGUCUACAUUUUUUUUUUUCCAUCUCAAUUUUCAUAUGUUUCAUUUUCAUCCCAAAAUCUUAGUGUCAAUAUUAUUUUCAUAUCUUUUUCUCUCUCGAUUUUUUUUUGGGUUAAUUGCAUGAUUGGUCACUCAGAUUACUAAAAACGUUCAUGUUUGGUCACUACAAAUAUUUAAUUCCACUAAUGGUCACUAAAAUUAGUUUUAUAGUUCAUGUUUGGUCACUCUCCGUUACCUUUCGUCAACCUCCGUUAACACCGUCAGUUUUUUUUGCUGACGUGGCUAACAGAAGUACUUAUUCACCAAAUUUAAACUAUUAAAAAAUAAAACCCGACCUGUACAGUCAGCUAAACCCACCAUAUGAGAUACCCACCCAACCCAUAACUCAACCCUUCAUCUUCUUCCUUUAUUUGACCUGACGCAAAAAAUCCCUAAUAGCUCACCAAAAACAGUCCCCUGUAGACUAAUUUGUCCUCAUCGCUGCUUGCUCCUCAUCCAAUUUCAACGUCAUCACAUCAGAAGAUAACCACCACCACCACCCCCCCUAAAAGCUCACCCUCUCCCCUGUGCAUUUCAAGAAGAGAUCAAUAAUAUUAUCUCUUGCUCACCAACUCCAUCGCCAACACCACCAGCAAAGAUCAGCUCGCCUCCGGGCCACUAAAGCUCGACCACAGCUAUCCGUCCAAGCUCGCAAUCCCUAUCAUAGGCAGCAUCACUGACCGUUGCAUCUCCUUCCCCGAACCCAUUUCGCGGCAGAGGGUCGAAACAUGGAAUACAGAGUCGAAACCCAA